AUGAACGGGAACAUCUCCAGUAACAGCUGCGACAUCCACGAUUUCAAGAUCCCGGUGUUCACCAGCGUCUACAGCGUGGUAUUGGUGGUGGGUCUGGCGGGGAACGGCACUGCGCUCUACGUGUUCGUGUGUCUAACCCGCCGCAAGACAGCCAACACCAUCUUCAUGAUCAACCUGGCCAUCUCGGACCUCUUCUUCAACCUGACGCUGCCCUACCGCAUUGCCUACUACAGGCUUAACGAGUGGACGCUGGGCACCUUCCUGUGCCGCAUCAGCAGCUACGCCUUCUACCUCAACCUGUACUCCAGCAUCCUGUUCCUAACGACGCUCAGCGCCUUCCGCUACAUCGCCAUCGUGCACCCGGUGCGCGCCAAGAGUUUGCUGACGGUUCGCAGGGCGCUGGCCGUUUGCCUCGCCAUCUGGCUCUUCGUGGGGCUUGCCACGGCGCCCUUCCUGUUGGCGACUCCGCACUGGCACCGCGGCCGCCUCCUCUGCUUCGAGCCUCACAACAUGAACUGGAAAGUGUUGCUCAGGUUGAACUACAUGGCGCUGGUGCCGGGCUUCAUCCUGCCCUUUGGCACCAUCCUGGUCUGCUACGCCGGCAUCAUGCGUCGACUCUGCUGGCCCACGCAGCGGCUGCACAGGUCGGCGCGCUCCUCGCGGAGACCCAUCUGCAUGGUGUUCAUCGUCCUCUCUUCCUUCCUUUUCUGCUUCUUGCCCUAUCACAUCAUCCGCACCGUGCACCUACACCUGAUGUCGCAGGACCGUCACUGCAGGCCCUUCACCCUGGCAGUGCAGAAAGCCAUUGUGGUGACCCUGUGCCUGGCGGCCUCCAACAGCUGCCUCAACCCCCUGCUGUACUACUUCGUGGGGGAAAACUUCCGCAAGACCAUCAAGAAGUCGGGCAUCUUCCGCGCCGUCAAGUCUACGACGUUCUGCACCGAGAGCGCCGCUGUGCCCGAGGCUCCGGAGCCUAAUGGCGCCCGGUGCCUCGCCCUCGCCUCUGUGUCCACACAAUCCGCCCCGUAA